AUGUCGAGCUCACCAGCGUAUGAGGUCCGAGGCUUAACGGAACCCUUGACGGGCGCCAUGUACCUUCAUCUGCAGUUCCCUUGCCUCGUGUUUCGUGAAACGGCGGCUCCGCAAUCCCACGAGUAUGCAAGGUUCCCCAUCGCAUACCUCCGCGGAUAUGGACAGGCCCAGCGUCACUUUGCAUUUGAAGCUGGCCGGCGAUGUGAGCUUGGACCAAAGAAGUUCACCUUCAAGCUCCUGGACGACGUGAAUGUGUCGUCUGCUGUUGACCGUGCCAUCCGCGAGGGCAGCGCUGCAAACUACAUCCCCAUGAAGACACAGCAGCAGCAGCAGAAGGCACCCGUCGUCUCUCUCGGCUCUGAGCGGUCGGUUCGUGGCCGGGAGAGCACGACAGACAGCCGUCACCGGCGGUCACGCGCCGUCUCAAACGUCAGCGUGGAGACACACGCAAACACACCCGCGCACACACACGUACAGCCUCCGCAGCAACCACGCACGCAGACGCAUUUGCAAGCACGCACGCAGACACACGCGCAGACACACACGCAGACACGCACACAGGGCCGUGCACCAGCGCACCCUCCACAGUCGCAGCAGUCGCAGCCACAGCAGCGGCCUCGAUCACAAGCACAUGUACAGCGGAAACGAAGCAGUGGCGGGCAGACCCAGCCGGACAAGGCAACACUUGCGUACACGCAGAUUCAGUUUGAUGACGACAGCGAUGGGAGCGAUGGUGGCAACGAAUUUUCCAUCACCGCCAAGUCGCAGCCCGCAACGCAGACACACGCAGAGGACCAGGGCAACGCGACCUCGAGCGCAUAUGCGGACAUCGACUUCAAGAAGACGGAGGCGAUGGCACAGGCUUCAUAUUCAAUGUUCCGGCCGGCGCAAAUCCGCACACCGUCGACGUCCUCUCGCCACACCCACUCCUCACACGUGGAGGACCGGCCGGAAGAGUUGUCCGGUCGCGGCGGAGUUGCGGAUGCGGUUGAAGACGACAUCAGCGCACUCAUGGACGAGUUUGGACUCAACGACGACGAUGACAACGAUGCUGGCCACGGCCGUGCGACAGGGCCUGCCUACGUCAACUUCAGCCCGAAGCACAUGAAGUGAGACUCGACGAUGGCUUGCGCAAUGUCUUUACGUCGCACGUGUUACCUGUUCCCUCAUUUUUUCGGAUGUUAGAUUUCGCCCCACGACAGUGCAUUUAGAAAGAGUGUGUGUGCGUGUGCGUGUGCGUGGUGUGUGCGUGUGUGAGUGUGGCUGCGUGUGUUGGGAAACACAUUAGGCGUG